ACAUUUCCAAUUCAAAAUCCCCAAAACACCAAAACCCUCUCUUUCUUCGACUCUUCCUUCCAUCUCUUCAUCUUCUCCAUAUAUAUAAUCCAAAUUCUUCGAUUUCAAUCUCCAAUUCCAUACUCUCUCUCUCGCUCUCUCACUCCUCUCCCAUGGCCGACAAACCGAUAUUUACGAAUAUGCCCCCAAACGAGAAUUACGAACAACGCGCAAGAAGAGGAGAGGAAGAAGAAGAAGAGUUUGAAUCGGAAGGAAACGCGUGCAGUUGUUUCGGUGUGUUCGUUAGAAGACGACGUCGUUCCGAUGGAGAUUACGAGCGAGAGGCGAGGAUUAAGACAUGGCUGGUGAAGAAGGUGAAGAAAGUGAAGGAGUUUUCGGAAGUGGUUGCUGGACCUAAGUGGAAGAACUUUAUCAGAAAGAUCGGAGGUUACUGUAAUGGUAAUAAUAAGAAACAAAAGAAUAUGAAUCGGUUCCAGUAUGAUGCUCAGAGCUAUGCUCUCAAUUUCGACAAUGGCGGCGCGCGCUUUGAUGAUGAAGAAGAUGAAGAAGAAACUAAUGGAGAGGGUGAUCGUCUUCUGGAUUUCUCUCAUAGGUGAAUGUUAAUAAUAAUAAUUGAAUGAAAAAUUUGUUGAAAUUUAUUUUAUUGAUUGAUAGUCACUGAAAUUAGAUUUUAUUUUGUGUAUAUAAGAGUGAAAAAUCUGUUUGUUUGUUUGUUUUUAAUAAUUUUUAUUUUUAUUUAUUUUUGGAUA